CUUAUGCCACAUUGAGAAUAGAAAGAGAGAAAGCAAGCUGGCAGUUUGUAGUUGUAUUCAUCGUCAAGUUACACAGGCUGGGAUGCGCUAGGUUCGGCAUCCCAAAUAAAGACUAAAUAUCCAGUUGACUGCCAAACCUGCUCGACCAGAAAUGCCGAUAGCGGACUUACUAGGAGUGCGUUUUGACAUGCAGCUUCUGGCCAAGCUGACUGUUUCUGCUGCUGCUAUUAUUUUUGUCACCUGGGUUUUCCGAUUUUACAGCAACAGAAACCAAGCCCGAGCACGGGCCAAGAAGAGACUCCCUCCUCCCAAGAGUAUUCAUCCAAGUCCUGAAACCUGCAACCCUUGCAAAACUGUGUUAGAACCUCUGAAAGAAAGAGAGAAAGAGGAAUAUGAUGGCACAAACCAGUCCAGUCAGUCCUCUGAUUCUGGGCAAGGCAUUCUUCAACCACAAAAAACAGAUGCCAUGGUUGAAAAGGAAGAGAAGAAAGAGUUUGAGACCUUUGUAGCCAACACAGAGGGAAGUUCCUCACUGUCCUCUGCUGGGGAAUGCAGCACAGAAGUGGAGGCAAAGUCUGAGGACAUUGUAACCAACGCAGAGGGAAGUUCCUCACUGUUCUCUGCUGUGGAACGCAACACAGAAGUGCAGACAAAGUCUGAGGACAUUGUGACCAAUGCAGAGGGAAGCUCCUCACUGUCUUCUGCUGUGGAACGCAACACAGAAGUGCAGACAAAGUCUGAGGACAUUGUGACCAACGCAGAGGAAAGCUCCUCACUGUCUUCUGCUGUGGAACGCAACACAGAAGUGCAGACAAAGUCUGAGGACAUUGUAACCAACGCAGAGGGAAGUUCCUCACUGUCUUCUGCUGUGGAACGCAACACAGAAGUGCAGACAAAGUCUGAGGACAUUGUGACCAAUGCAGAGGAAAGCUCCUCACUGUCUUCUGCUGUGGAACGCAACACAGAAGUGCAGACAAAGUCUGAGGACAUUGUGACCAAUGCAGAGGAAAGCUCCUCACUGUCUUCUGCUGUGGAACGCAACACAGAAGUGCAGACAAAUUCUGAGGACAUUGUGACCAAUGCAGAGGGAAGCUCCUCACUGUCUUCUGCUAUGGAAUGCAACACAGAAGUGGAUAAACAGUCUGAGGAUUUUGUUGCCAGUGCAAAGGAAAAUUCCUCACCCUCCUCUGGUGCAGAGCGUAGCAUGAAGGACUUCAGGGAUAAGACAGACCAAGAGAUAAGGGACUACAAAGCAGGACUGACUCGACUAACACCUGGUUCAGAUGUCAAUGUGGCAACAAGUCCAAGUGGACGUCGCUCGCCUUGCCAGCUAAAAAAAAUGGAUGGUGGAGUUGAAGUUGGCAGAGAGCUCAUGCAGAAUAUGGGUCAACCUGGUACUUUUUCCAGUUUCCAGUCAAAGGCAGAGAUCAAAGUAGAGAAUGCUAACCUGGUAAUAGAGGGGCCUGGUGAUCGAAGCACUGCAGUUCAUGGUAAGAUUUAUGAUUAUUUUGUUGAGACAUCCUCACAGUCAGUUUCAGAUUUAAGCCCCACCCAUUCCAUAAGUCCAACUUAUGCACCAUAUGAAGCUAAUACUUUGCCUAAUGUAAUGGAUAAACCUCGAACACCAAGUCCCUUGCCUUCAUCUUUUAUCAUGAGAGAUGUGGAAUCCUCAAAUGACUCAGAUAUGUUGCCUCAAGCUCCCAUCAGAUCAGAAACUGGAAGACUUCUCAGACAUGGACUAAUUCGCAAGGACAGUUAUCUUGCUGCUGCUGCAGAGUCAGAACUCCAGAUCCCUUUCCCUCCUCCUUUGACUCGUAGCCGCUCACCAGCACUUCUAAAUGAGCAUUCAGCAAACUCCCCAAGGUCACCUAAACAAAUACAAGAAUCUGGUUCAAAAUCCUCUGAGGAUCCCCAAGUGAAAACAUUGGCUAGGGCUCAGUUUUUUCACUUUCCUACAGAGAACAUAGGAAAUUCAGAACUGGAGAGUUUAACUGGAAAACUUGAUUUGGGCAAUUGUCUGGAAGCACUGAUGCUUGCCAAGAAACAUGGACAUAAUGCUCUUUAUAAGGCUGCUCUGACAGUUAUGUCAGACAAUUACUUCCAGGUUCUACGAGAUCCAAACCUGUAUGGUCAGCUGAAGGCAGGUGAGCGAGACCAGAUCCAGAAACAGCGCAAGAAAGGCAGAAGAUUCCUCAUGGUGGCAGACAUGGACUCCCCAGAUUGGACCAGAAGUCCCUCACAGUCUACAGACUCCUACACUGUUAAAGGCUCUAGUGGACUUUACUACUAUGAGGAUUACAAAGACACCUGGCACCUUCAGUGCCAAAUCCCUCAGGAAGUCUUAUCCAAGGGCUGUGCAAUGUGCACCAUGGACAACUACCUGUUUGUAGCUGUAGGCUUCCAAUGCACAGUACCAUCAAGAAAAGUGUUUUCUUAUAACCCUAUCACCUCCAUUUGGAGCGAAAUCUGCCCAAUGAACGAGGCCAGGCCUCACUGCAAGCUCGUAGCCCUAGAGGACCAUGUUUAUGCCAUUGGAGGGGAGUGUCUUUCAACAGUGGAGCGUUAUGACCCCAGGACCAACAGAUGGACCUUUGUCGCACCAUUGCCCAAUGAGACUUUUGCCGUUGCCCAUCGGGCCACAGCUUGUAACGGUGAACUGUUUGUUUCUGGUGGCACCCUGAAGUAUACACUCUUGCGCUACAACCCCAAAACCGAUGUCUGGAGGAAGAGCUUGAUUGUGGGGAGCAAAGAAAGGACCACAGAAAUGGUAGCAGUUCGGAACUUUCUCUAUCGGUUUGAUGUUAACCCUUACUUGGGGAUCAGUGUGUAUCGCUAUCAUGUUGUGGCCAGGAUAUGGUAUGAGUGCUGUUCCAAGCAAAUUCAACACUGCCCUGCCUUUCAGUGCAUCGCUAUGGAUGACGUCAUUUACUGUGUAAGUCGGCAGUUCACUAUGAGGUUCUUAGUUGAUGAAAAAUAUCCAGGAUUUGUGGCAGAUGAUUUACAAAUCCUCACUCCAGCUAAGGGUAUUUUAUUCCCUUUUGUUCUUACUCUGCCUGAUAAAAGCACUCUUCAAACUAGCGUUUGACUUCGGUCUGCUCGGCUGAGAAAAAGACUGACGCACUCAAAGAUCAUAGUUGGAGUCCAUAUUAAGUUACUGGAAAGCACAGCCGUCUUAAUCAGUGGCAGUCGAAGUGAAAUAUCAAGGCUAUUAAAGCCAGUAAUUGUAAAGCUAGAUCAGAUUUAGUGUGCACUCCCAGUAAGAUAAAUCUGCCUUUCCAAUGAGAGCUGUUUGUUAUCAGAGUUUUUCAGUCCACUCUUGGGUCUAAGCAAACUCUUAAAUCUUGCUAAUGUCUAUUGCUACUGCUUAAAGUGUUUCAUUCAAAUAUACUGCUACAAAAUGCUAUAAGCAAAAUGUCAGCUAAUCAAUAUGUAGAUUGGAGCCAGGCUGCAAUUUGCUGUAAUGAAUACCACAAAUGCUCAUCAUUUCCAAGAUUUAUGAAGGAUAGAAUAAGGAUAUUCAUGGCAUCCUUUGCUCUCACACCCAUGUGAGAACUUGAACUCAUGAAUAAUUCAAAAUGAUAAAUUAUCGAACAUUGACUUUUUUCCGCUGGUCGUCAUUGACAUCAAUGUCUUGACUUUUAUGUGAAGCACUUUUUAGGUAAGUCAAAUGAAUGCUGAAAACAGUAAAGCUAAUGCCGUUGAAUACUAGUUUUGACAUCGUGUCUGUUUUUCUAAAUAUGUAAUAUAUUUUUAGCAACAUAAUAUAAUCUCAUGAGUGAUGGCAUGGUGGCACAGCGGGUAGCGUUGCUGCCUCAUAGAUCCAGGGUUCAAUUCUCAGCUCGGAUUACUGUUCGUGUUGGGUUUCAUAUGGUGUCUGGUUUUUUUUUGUUUGUUUGUUUUUUUUGGGGGGGGGGUUCUUCUCAUGGUUCUCGGCUUUCCUCCCAUCUCCAAAACAUGCUAGUAGGUGCAUCGGCUGUUAUAUAUUCCCCAUAGGUAUGAAUGAGUGUGUGGAUGGUUGCCAGUGAUGUACAAGCAUCCCAUCCAGGAUAGAUUCCCACCAUGACCCAGUGUUCCCAGGAUCAGGAUAAAGCAGUUCCUGAAGAUGAAUGUGAACCCAAACCUUAACCUUCGUAUCUUUUCAUGUAACUUGAGUUGUGCAAGUGAGACCAUGUCGAUUUUCAGGAUAUUCAGUGUCAAAUGUCAAAUUUUCACUUUCUGUAUGUCAUGUGUAAAUAUUAUAGAUGAAAUAUAUAAAAAAAGAUAAUAUAUUAUGUGCGAUGUACUUUCUAUAUUAAGUAUAUAUUCUGAGUGCAACUCAUAUGAUGUGCUUGAUAGGUUUCUGUGCAAUAAACGAAGCUUAGUUAUACUGUCUAGUGCAAAUUGUUCAAAUUAUGCGAAUGAAAUAAUAAAG